UAAAAGAAAUAAAAAUAUGAAAACAGCUCGCCAGAAGAAAGCAAGAAAAAAUCUAGGUUUUUUCAUUAACAAUUAUAAAUUUAGAGCACCAUUCCAAAUUCUUAUUGAUGGUACAUUUGCAUUCGCUGCACUCGAGAACAAAUUCAAUAUACAAGACCAGUUAUCAAAGUAUUUUCAAGCUGAAGUGAAACUUUUGACUACACCAUGUAUAAUUUUGGAGACUGAGAAACUUGGUUCAUUUUCCAAGGCAGUCAGCGGUGCUAUGCAAAUAGUUAAACAAUAUCCUAUACACAAAUGUGGGCACGAAAAACAUUUUAUAACUGGUACAAAAUGUUUGCAAUCGAUGGUUGGGAAAAAUAAUUCAUCUAGGUAUAUUGUGGCUACUCAGGAUAGAGAACUUCAAGAUAUUUUGAGAAAAAUUCCAGGUGUGCCAAUAAUAUAUUUACAUGGUAAAGCACCAACUUUGGAGGCUCCUUCGCAAGCAAGUCGAAAAUAUGCUGAGAAUAUCCGUAAAGAAUUAGGAAUGAGUUCGUGGGAAACAGAAAAUAUUAAAACACUAAAAGAAGCAGCUGGUCUAACAGAAAAAUCAGAACUCAAAUUAAAGAAGAAACGAAAAAAAAGUGGUCCAAAUCCACUUAGUUGCUUGAAGAAAAAGAAGAAACCGCAAACAGAAAUCUCAAAUAAUACUACAGGAAAAAAAUCUGGAAAAGUUAAAAAGAGAAAGAAAAUGAAAAUAGCAGCUCACGUUAAAGAAGCAUUAGUUGCUGAAAUUAAAAACAACUCCAGACAAAAGAACACAGGGAACUAAAAACAAGACAAAUUUAUGUAAAUAAAUUUCAUUUUUAUUCAUAAUACAAUAGUCUUUUCAGUUUGUAAAAUUAAAAUAAUAGAAUGAUAUUGUGAUAUAUUAUUCCUAAUACAUGAUGAGUCUAUUUAUGAAUAGAAAAUAGUUCCUAAUAUUAAUGAGAAAAUUGUAAUCUUAAAUACAUAGAAUAUUAAACAGUUAUUUUAUCUGUAUUGUUAAAAAACGACACAAUGAAAGUUCGUAUUUAUAUGAUGGUACAGUUGAAAUGCAUGUAAUUGUUUCAAAAGUUUCAUAGAAGAUUGCAAAAUACCAUUAACAGUAUGAUCUUAGUAAUGAGUAGCUUAAUUAUUUGAUUUGUCAUAUUCCUUUCCCUUGUACGUAUUAUGAAAAUAGUAUUGAGAAUUAAAUCUAAUUAGAAUGAAAAAAGUAAGUAGCCAGAAUCAUCAGUUUUAAGAAAGAUGUACAUUUCUUAAAUAUAUUAUAUUUCUACCGCAGUACCUAAUGCUACAACGAUCACGAUGAAAAUCUUUAAUUAGGAACUUUCAUGUGCAGAUAUACAAAAAUUUGAAGGGAUCUACAAUUACACGUAAAUUGCACACUAUUUACAGCCCUUUUUAGGGGUUAUUACAUACAAUGGAAGUACUGUAAAUGUAUGUGUCAUAUGGCACAAGACGAUACCUAAAGAAAGAACAAGUUUCAUUUAUGUGCCAAAUUACAUAAUAAUGAAAGUAUAUAAAAAAUCAUUUCUAACACAGAUAUGAAAUGUGAUAUCAAACUUAUCAAUUUUAAAGUUUUUAUUCUUUCAUAGUAAGAAAUAUAGAAUAUCAUGUUUUGUUACAAUGUAAUUAGCAGCAUAUUGAGAAAGAGAAAAUAUGACUGAAAUAGGGAUAAAAUAAAAAAUAAUGUCGGACAGAAAUACUUGAAAACAUAGCAAUGAAACAUAAAAUUGAUGUAAGAAAUUUCUUUUUAGAAAGUCGUUAAAGCUUACAACUUACAAGUUUAAUUAAAAAAUUAGAAUUACUCCAUCCUCGUGGACAUGAUAAGUUUAAUAUGUAUUAUACAAUGUGUCAUGAAAUGUAUUACAAAUAGAUGAUUAAAUAUAAAGUUAACGUUUAAGAGAAUUAAAGAGCGUAUUAUAUCAUUGAACGUCAAUUUACUUACGAAAAUACUAUUUUAAAAAUUCUUUUACAUGUAAGAAGCGUUAAUUAGAUUUAACCUCAUAGAAAAAUAAUAUCAAAUUAUGAAAGUAAUAAUUAAAAAAAAAGAAAGAAGUUUCUUACGUACCUUAUAAAUUAUUAUUAUUAAUAAACUCGUCAAUACUAAUAAUCAGUACAAUGCCAAUAACUAAUGUAAGUAAUUAAUAAUUUAUAUUAAUUAAGUUGCUCACAUUUUAACGACUUAAUUCCAUUUAUAUCACCUUAUUUAAUUAUACUGCUUAAUACAUUUAUGUAAUAUUCCUUUGACGUUAAGAAAAUAAUUUUCUGAUAAACCCUUCAAUAUCCCAUAAACGUAUGUACUUUGUAAACAAUCAAAUUACAGGAGUAGGUUUCGAUAAACUAGAUAAAACUACUGAUAAUAAAUUUAUAUAAUAUUUUGUUCACAAUCUAUGUUAAUAUCUGCCAGUCUUAAAUACGACAAUUGUGGAUAUUGAUUUCAGAUUAAAGGUAUUUUUUUAACGAAACGUAUAAAACCUGAUGUCAUAUUAUUAAC